UAGUCCUCUCCCCUCUCCCCUUUGCUUCUCCUUUACUCUCUCUCUCUCUCUCUCUCUCUCUCUCUCUCUCUAGCUUCAUCUUGUCUCUCUUCAUGUGUGCAUGUGUGCUGUAGUGCUCGUCUUUCCGUCUCCUCCAUCUCUCUCUCUCUCUCUCUCUCUCUCUCUCUCUCUCUUGCAAAGAAGCAAAGGCAGCUCGCCCUUCUUGCGCAUUCCGGUGCACGCCACUCCACUCCACACACACACACACACACACACACGGGCAAGAACUGCCCUUUCUUUUGCAGCUCUGACGACGGGUUUGGGGGUGGUUCUUGAUGGGAUUCUUGGCCAAUGGGGAUGAGCUGAAGGCGCUGCAGAGAUAAAAGCAAACCAGGAUAAGUUUGUAAAUUCAGCUGGCAAAUCCGUGCAAGAUUCUGAAUUUGUGAGAGCAUCUCUGAUACAAUUCUUGAUCUUAGAUAGACUGAAGGAUAGAUAUGUCGUCCGACAGCAACUCCAUCAGUUCAGCACUGUCACAGACAACACCCGUGCUUCGCUUGAGAGUUUGGGUCCUGAUUGCCAUCGGCAUUGGGAUACUGAUGGCAAUUUUGUUCAUCAUAGCAUUGUGGCUCUCUAUGCGGAGGAAAAAGAAGACGGCGGUUGGAUUCGACGGGAGAUCACAUAUGGAGAUCCCUAUUGUGUCGAAAGAUAUCAAUGUUGACAGAGUUGAUGCACAGAGCCUGCAUGACAGUGGAACACCUAUCAUGCCAGUGCAGGAUAAAUAUGAACAGAUGAAGGGUGUUUCGCACUUGGCAGAGAGUAGAUCUGUCGAUGUCGACGCGUUCAGCCAAUGCAGCUCAGUGUACAACAUAGAGAAGGCUGGGAGCUCAUAUUCUGAAGAUUACAGCAGCUCUGGGCCUGGUAGGAAAGGCAGUUCAUCGUAUGGGUAUGCGUCCGCUUCACCGCUGGUUGGGUUGCCUGAGCUAUCACAUUUGGGAUGGGGUCACUGGUUUACCUUGAGGGACCUCGAGUACGCAACGAACCGGUUUGCAAAGAGUAAUGUCCUUGGAGAGGGUGGCUAUGGAAUUGUCUACAAGGGUCGACUGAUGAAUGGGACUGAAGUUGCCGUGAAGAAGAUCCUUAACAAUGUGGGGCAAGCAGAGAAGGAAUUUAGAGUCGAAGUUGAAGCCAUCGGUCACGUUCGGCAUAAGAAUCUGGUGCGACUUCUGGGGUACUGUGUGGAAGGGAUACACAGGAUGCUUGUCUAUGAAUAUGUCAACAAUGGAAACCUAGAACAAUGGCUUCAUGGGGCCAUGAGUGGGGGCAUCCUUACUUGGGAAAACCGUAUGAAGAUUCUCCUUGGCACUGCAAAAGCGCUUGCAUAUCUUCAUGAAGCUAUAGACCCCAAAGUUGUACACCGAGAUAUUAAGUCAAGUAAUAUACUAAUUGAUGAUGAAUUUAACAGCAAGGUUUCUGAUUUUGGGUUGGCCAAACUACUGAAUUCUGAUAGUAGCUACAUCAAUACAAGAGUGAUGGGAACAUAUGGGUACGUUGCACCUGAAUAUGCGAAUAGCGGGAUGCUAAAUGAAAAGAGUGAUAUUUACAGUUUUGGCGUUGUGCUCUUGGAAUCUGUGACUGCUAGAGACCCAGUUGAUUACAGUAAACCUGCAGAUGAGACAAAUCUGGUAGAAUGGCUUAAAAUGAUGAUCAGCAGCAAGAGGGCGGAGGAAGUAGUGGAUCCAAACCUUGAGAUUAAGCCCCCAAAACGUGCCCUUAAGCGGGCAAUCUUGGUUGGCCUGAAGUGUGUUGAUCCAGAUGCUGACAAAAGGCCAAAAAUGAGUCAUGUUGUCCAAAUGCUUGAAGCAGUUCAGAAUGCAUAUCGACAAGAUCAGAAAAGGCCCAGCAGCCAGAUGGGAAGCGUCGAUGUCGAGUCACAGCAAUCUGCGGAGGAGAUCUCAAACAGUGCCGAUUCCUGAGGCUCCAAUGCUGAACAGAUACAGAAAAUAGGACAUGAAAACAUUUCAUUAUCCUGUCUGGUUUGGUCAAAUAUUCAAUAUAGUUCAAUACCGUGAUUGCAACAGGUUUACAUUUAGCAAAGACUGGAAGACAUAAAGGCAUAGGAAUCGUUCGUUUCCCUUUCUUUUCUUCUUCUUCUUCUUUUCGAGAAGUGCUUCUAUGCUCCCCUAAAAUAUCCGCCGUACUAUGUUUUCUGUAGAUGAGUCCUCCAACUCGUUUACUCUACGAUAUGUGUAGUUUUGUUUUAGGGGAGCACAGAAGCACCUUCUUCAUCUAUACCGUUUAAGUUAUCAGGAGGAGCUGACCUCGAAGGCAUGAAUGACUAGUAACCAGAUUUUGUUACCCUUGUAAAGAACCCUUGUCGAUCCUCAGUUUUACCAUGAAGUACAAAGUUUUGUUGGUGUACCAUGUGCGCAAA